CGCAUUUCUGAGGCUUCCGACGCGCUUCAAGCAACAUGGUAGGACUUGGGAGGCGAGGGAGAACAGAGAUCUUUGUCAGAAAAGUUGUUGCGAGGCUCUGACGUGACAUCCUUCUGUGUGUGUGGUGUGUGCGUGGCGUACAGGAGCAACCGAAGCUGGCGAAGGUUGAGAAGGUGCUUGGACGAACGGGCUCGCGAGGCGGUGUCAUCCAAGUCCGAGUCCAGGUCAGUUCCUUCACACCCAUUCAGCGCGGCCGACGGAGGAUCCGCGUCCGCUUGUCGCCUCUGUGUGUGCCAGUUUAUGGGCGACAACGAGCUGCAGGGCCGCUCCCUCAUCCGGAACGUCAAGGGUCCUGUGAGGGAAGGUAGGCAACACCACACGAGGCGAUGCAGGGAAUCGUAUGGACUCGCUGUGAAAGAGAUGUCUGUCUGGGCGUGUAUGUUUGCAGGCGAUAUCUUGGCCUUGCUCGAGACUGAGCGUGAGGCGAGGAGGCUCCGCUGAGGGGCGGCGUGGUGGAGCCGCACCCCUCUCACGGCUCCUGCCCAUGCGCCGUGUGUUGGGCGUGAUGUGAUGUGGGUGCGGGUCGGUGCUUUCGUGGGCUGGCUUUCGUGUGUGGAGGUG